AUUACAAUGGCUGUUACUUAAUCUUUUUUUUCUGACACUUAUAAUACAAGAUUUCCUACUUGGUGUUAUGAAAAAUGUCCUUGUGAUACUUCAUAAAUGGCAAAUCCUACUCAUUUUAAAAUUUAAAUAAAUAAUGGUAAAUAGAAAACGAAACUUCUUUAUAUAUAAAAUGAUUAUUUGAUUACCAAGUCAAAAUAAGUAAAACAAAUCACUAUUUUUUAGAACGACUUAAAAUGGAUCUGUUAUUUAAACUCAACAUUAAAAGUUUUAAAGAAUUCAAGAGAAUAAACAAGCACUCUCCUCUUAUCAUAAGGUCAGAACGAAGUGUCUAUAAGUGGAGAUAUUGAGAACUUGCUUAAAACUAUAAAACGAUAUUCAAUUUAGGAAGAAUUCAAGAUGAAAUUCUAAUUAAUAAAAAAAUUAGGACAAGGUGCUUUUGCAGAGGUAUAUAUUUACUCAAAUAUAUUAGGUAUAUUCAGCCAAGAAUAAACAAUCAGAUGAUUAUUUCGCAGUAAAAAUGUUCGAAAAAUAAUUUUUUAAAUCUUACUUAGACUAAUAAUCAUUAUUAAAAGAGAUUAAAGUACUUCGAACAAUUUAUCAUGAAUCUACUGUGGCAUUAUUGGAAUUAUACGAGACAUAAUGUUACGUCUAUGUUGUAAUGGAAUUACUAAAUGGCGGAAAUCUUAGUUAGUACCUUGAUAAAAAUUCUCCUCUUUCUGAAAAAUAAACAGCAUAGAUUGUGUAUAAUUUAUUGAUUUCUCUUAAUCACAUAAAUAGUUUUGGAAUAUUUCAUAGAGAUUUGAAACCUGAUAAUAUUAUAUUUCGUGAAAAAGGGAAUUUGGAUUCUUUAUGUAUAAUUGAUUUUGGAUUGGCUGAUUUCUAUAAUUAAGAAGCCAUAUAUUUAUUCAAUAGAUGUGGUAGUGUUGGAUUUGUUGCUCCUGAAAUUUUACAUGAUUGUGCUUAUGAUUUAAAGGUUGAUUUAUAUAGUAUUGGUAUUAUAAUGUAUUGUGCCUUAAAUGGUUCAUUACCUUUUGAAGGUAAUUCUAUGUAGAAAGUUUAAUAAAACUAUAAAGGAGAAGUCAAAACUAAUAAUUUAAACAUAAGUUCAAAGGGAUUAUAAUUUAUAAAUAGUUUACUUUAACCUAAUCCUUAAAAAAGAAUAGAUUUAUAAGAAGCAUUGAUUCAUCCUUGGUUUUUAGAAUAAAAUUUUAGUAGUAUAAAAGGGUUUAAAUUAAAAAGUAUGAAAUAAUCAAUCAUGAAACAAAAUCUAAUGUUAACUCCUCAAUUAAUAAAGAGUAGUCCAAAUUCUACUCCAAGAUCACCUUAAAGUCCUUUAACUAAUCCUUCUUAAUAAUCUUCUUUUUUAAUGAGAAUGGCAGGAAAAAAACUUAGCAAUUUUAAACUUGAUGAGGAUUUAACUCCAAGAGAGAAAGAAUAAUAUAGUCCCAAAUCUAACUUAUUGAAAAAGGUUGUAGUAAGAAAAUCUAUUUUCAAUCAUUUAGAACCUCUUAAAAGACAAAGAAAAUUAGAAUGAUAUAGAUAAUGAAUCUGUG